AUGAUCAAAUACCGCACGAACGGGAAGGGCUCCCUCAUUGGCAAGACAGUCGCUAUUUCUGGAGCUGGAAAUGUUGCCCAGCAUGCAGCCAUCAAAGUCCUCCAGCUUGGAGGGUCUGUCACCUCUCUCUCUGACAGCGAAGGCUCAGUGAUAGCGACUCAGGAUGGGGCAAUUGACAUGGGAUUUCUGGAUAAAGUUAUUAGCCACAAAGCUCAGCGGAGGCAGCUGGCGGAAUUUGUCAGUGACGAUGAUACUGGUAUCAAGUAUGUUCCCGGCCAGAGACCUUGGAAGAACGUCCCUCGGGUGAAAAUCGCACCGCCAUGUGCAACUCAGAAUGAGCGUUUGAAGGAGGCACAAGUUCUUAUUAACGCGGGCUGCAAGUAUGUUACCGAAGGGAGUAACAUGAGCUGUACCUCUGAGGCCUCGGCUCUCUUGGAAAGCCACCGGAAGCAGAAACAAGGAAACGCAACUAGGUACGCGCCGGGCAAGGCUGCAAAUUCCAUUUCCAUCCCGCCUUACAAUCCAUACUCCAGAAUUAUAACGUCCUCUUGUUUAUACCUUACCUCUUUACGAAGUUUUCUGGCAAUUCCAAGGCUGUGCAAGCUUUUAGAAUCCUCUGGGGGAUUGUUGUGCUACCGUCUAUGGAUGUAUGGCUACUAG